GGUUCACAUUCUCGAAAUUCAAUACACUCCACUAUAACACACUAUCCCGACGCGUCUAACAAGCAUUGUGACCUGUACUAAUUACACAGUCAUCAUGGAACAUUGCUCUGAUUCAACUCUCGUUAAUCACCAAUGACGUCCCUUGCAGGUUCAGAGAUCGUCAGCACUGUUCUGAGAUCUCAAAAGGCUUUGCGUGCGUCUCUCAUUCCGCGUAAUUGGGCAGUACGGAAUGCUAGAAUGACUGCAACGCCACCCAAAUAUCAGUUAUGGCAUCCCACACGAGGUAUCUCGUUCUCGCCUGUUGCGCAGUCUCCAGUCUUGACUCCUGAAGACGCGAAAACUUCGAAUGGGGCAGUGGCAGCAGCGAACCAAACCCGCUCUGCGACACCCCAUUCAAAUAGCUUGGAGGACUCCCUUCUGUAUCCAAACUUAGAAGGGCUGUCGUUGUCGACACCAGAGAAAAAUACGCCGGAAUCCGCUAAUGAUGCGCGUAAUACAACUAAGACGGUUGGUGAGGAUGCAGACAUCGUUUCUGUAGACGGGCAGAUAAACGUGCCAGAAAAUAAGGACCCAGAGGGACCUCCUAUAUCCGCAUUGCCAUUUAAGAUGGUGGAUAACUUGUUUUACGCUGCUAAGAAGGCCCCUGCUGGAUCUACCAACUCGUUCUGGUCCUACACUCAAUACAGAGCGACUUUGGAGGAUGGCACGGAACAGAAAGUGAAGGUGCAUUACUGUCGAAGCACGCAUACGAUGGAGCGGGUUUGCCAGGACUACUUCAAAGGAGAAAAAGUACUUGGCUUUGAUUUAGAAUGGGCCGCGGACUCGACGAGAUCGCAGGGCUUUAGGAGGAACGUCUCGCUAAUUCAGCUAGCAAGUCCGAGUCGUAUUGGACUUUUCCACGUCGCUCUUUUCGCUAACAAAGACGACAUACUGGGUCCCACGUUUAGGGCCAUUAUGGAAGACUCUAAUGUCACCAAAGUCGGCGUUGCUAUCAAAGGCGACGCAACUAGGCUACGGAAUUUCUUAGGUGUCGAUUCAAAGGGGUUACUGGAGCUUAGCCAUUUGUACAAGCUUAUUACGCAUUCCACCACGGGCCGCUACAGCGAAAUCAACAAGAAACUCGUUCCAUUAGCGAGCCAGGUGGAGCAAUAUCUGCGUCUACCCCUAUACAAGGGCCAGGACGUCCGAUCAAGUGAUUGGACCAAGCCUUUACGUAUGGAUCAGGUCUCAUACUCGUCGUCAGAUGCAUAUGCUGGAUUGCAGCUUUAUGCCACACUUGAGCAUCAUAGGAAACAGCUCGACCCCUGUCCGCCCACUCCAUAUCAUGCGGAGCUCAACCUCCCCAUUCGCAUAGCCGAUGGUGUGCUGCUAGCCAUUAACGAUGACCCGGUGGUAGACGCAACAGAAGAAACGGAAUUGGAAGCUACAGCGACCGCCAAACCGAGAAGAACAUCAUCUAAACCACCGCCAGGCCCGAAAGACUCUCGCGUCGAGAUCGCCGAAGAUCGCGUAGCCCGUUACAAAACCGCCCAUCCUAAUGCGCAGGCGACUUUCGUGCAGCUCCGCGCGUACUACAUGUGGCACGAACAGGGCCUCGACCCUCAGACGAUAGCGACGCUACUGCGGAACCCACCCCUGAAGUUAACCACGGUUAUCAACUAUAUACUCUCGGCAAUCCAGACUGAGAAAUUGCCAGCAGACACCGAGAAGCUGCGCGUUGAAAUCUUGAGCACUGUGGUAGAGAGCACGUUGCAGUCUCGGUGGCCUUAUAUUACUGCCCUUGUUUCGGAAUCGAGGUCGUGAUGCUCUUUUCGAGCUUGUUCAUGACCUUACGAUUUGACCUCUUCAAAUAGGGGCUUUUGGUGGCCUUAAUAUUUGCCUUAGGAUCGAUUAUCCGGGAAGAUAAUUAUCCACAAUGGUGCAUAUUAAACGAUCUACGGUCGUCGAUUCAACCGCUGUUGACCUAGGUGACUAGCUAGGGAUAUAUGGAACCCCAGAAAGCAUAUUCUGCAUUGGUUGUAUAUAAGGGCAAAGCCGAAAUUACUGUACUGCGUACUAUAACACCAUUUCUAAGGGUGAAAUCGACGGUCCCUUAGCAUUCUACUCUGCUAUAUUACUACUAUUCCCCAGUCAUGGUUAUAUAGCCAUGUCAAUUGAUACUGUGCUAUUACUCAUAAAAGAUAUGCGAUUCUAGUAAACCAUACCUAAAUAGUCUGAUUAAUAUUGCCAAAGUUCGUAUAAAGGCGUC